AUGGAAAUACUUAUUAAUGUUGUGGGUGGCUUUGUUGUUGAGGUCGGAAAGUUUGUAUGUAAAUGCAUCUAUCCUAAGAUUGAAAAUAUUGUCCGUUUCUCGUCAAAAGUUGAAAAUCUAAGGGAGGAAAUGGAGAAAAUAACAAAGUUAAGAGAUGAUAUCAAAGGAAAGACGGAAAAAGCUAAGGGAGAAGGCUAUAAACCAAAACCAGAUGUUAUCAAGUGGAUCGAAGAUGUUUGUGAGCUGGAGGAUGAAUGGGAAACUAUGCAAGAAAACAUUGCAACGGCUAAGACACGUAAAUAUACGUGUUGUCCAAAUUGCAGCCUCCGCUCGGAGGUCUGCACUCAAGUGCAGAACAUCCGAGAUCAACUUUGCAGGCUUAAAGAGGUCGGAGAAAACUUUGGAUCCAAUUUAAUGGUAGAAAAUUACCAGGUGAAAAAAGUUGAGUUUAUCCCGGGACCAUCAAUAGAAGGCCAGUCCGCAGCAACAAGGAAUCUCAACAAAAUCCUACGACUAUUGGAAGAUGAUAAGGUUGGCAUCAUCGGAGUGUGGGGUGCAGGAGGAAUUGGGAAAACUACUUUGGUGAAGAAUUUGAACAAUGAGCUUAAACAGAUUGACGUGUCAAUUAGGUCUAAACUGUCUUUUGGUGUUGUGAUAUGGGUUACAGUACCCAAACCGCCAAUAGACAUAAGAAAGGUUCAAGCACAAAUUGCUGACAGAUUAAGCCUAGAGGUAAAUACUGAUCAGGGAAGUGAAGAGAGGAAUGCCAGCAAAGUCUAUCAAAGGCUUAAGCAGGAAAAGAGUUUCCUUGUGAUACUAGAUGAUGUUUGGGAAGCUAUAGAUUUGGAUCAUGUAGGUGUGCCCCAACCAAAAGAUCACGCAGGAAGCAAGGUUAUUAUAACUUCUCGUUUUUUGGAUGUUUGUAACCAAAUGGAAAUUGACAUCGAAAUGAAGGUUUACACAUUGGAUGAGAAUGAAUCUUGGGCUCUGUUUAUCAAAAAUGUGGGAGAUGUUGCCAAUUGGCCGGUGGAUAUUCAGCCAGUGGCAAUGGAAAUUGCAAGAGAGUGUGAUGGUUUACCUUUAGCAAUCACAGUUAUUGGAGCAUCUAUGAGAGGGAAGAACAUGGCCGAGCAAUGGAAAGAUGCUUUGGAAUCACUUAGAAAGUCUGAACCUAAUGCCACAUAUGUAAGAGAUAAGGUUUACAAGGUCAUCAAAUGGAGUGUUGAUUCUUUAGAGCAAAGAGGCAAUAGAAGUGACAUUAAAAGUUGUUUCUUGUAUUGCUCCUUAUAUCCAGCGUCUAUUCCAACAAAUGAUCUCAUACAUUGCUGGUGGGCAGAGGGGUUCCUUGGUGAACAUGACACAUAUGAAAAGGCUUACAACAGGGGAAUCACAAUUAUCGAGGAUCUAAAAAAUGUCUGCUUACUAGAAGAAGCCCAUGAGAAGGAUUGUGUGAAGAUGCAUGAUGUGGUUCGUGAUGUUGCUAUAUGGAUAGAUAAAUCCAUUUCACAUAAUGUCAAGAGAAUGUCUUUCAUAAGCAACAAAAUUAAGCAUCUUACUGAUAACCUCACGGAAUACCCAGAGACAACAACUUUACUAUUGCAAGACAAUUAUAGCCUUAGGGAAAUUCCCCAUGAAUUCUUUUUGUCAUUUCCAGCUCUAAGAGUUGUGAAUCUGAGUGAAACUGGUAUUAGAGCACUGCCUUGUUCCAUCAGGAGUUUAUGUCAAUUACGUACUCUAAUACUACAAAGGUGCCGCAUGUUGAACGAGUUACCAGCUAUUGGUAAUCUUUGCAAUUUGCAGUUGCUUGAUUGUGAUAGGACAGAGUUAUGUUGUCUGCCGGAAGGAAUGGACAAGUUGACAAAUCUGAGGCUAUUAAAUAUGACUUUAGGUAGGUUGAAGGAGAGCAUCGACCUGGGGGUUUUCCACGAGUUGCAAAGGCUUGAAAUGUUACAGCUACGCAUAAGAAGUGGAGGUGUUGUUGGAGCAACUUCUUUUGAUGAGAUAUCACAUCUACCCAAUCUGACAUCACUUUUUAUUUACUUGGAUAGCUCAUCAAUUUCAAUUUCGAAAAGUGACCAGUACACCUGGAUGAAAAGAUUGAAAAGAUUUCACAUUACAGUUGGGAAUACUUCAACUCAUGAUGAGGUACCAUUCAACAAGUCAACAAGGGCGAUAUGCCUCACAGGUUUUGACAUUUUCAAAAGCAAAGUCUGGCUCUCAAGCAUGUUGCAGUUUGCUUCAGAUUUGUACUUGGAAGAAUGCAUGGGUCUCACGGAGUUCAUUCGGAACAACAGUUUUGAUGGAUUAAAAUCACUAUACAUUUUUGGCUGCUCUUAUGAUUUUGGACCAUCCAUAGAAGGAAGUGGACAGUUUGAUGAUCCUAUGCCAAAUCUGGAAUAUCUCAGAUUCUAUUCUGUAGAUAAUUUAAAGAGUGUUUCUGAUUUCGGUCAUUUUCUGGGUCUAAGAUUUUCUAAAUUACGCAAACUGGAUAUAUCCCAUUGUCGUAAUUUAACAUGUCUUUUUAAUGUUGGUGGAGCUUUUUCUGUACCCAGGCACUUGGAAGAAAUUACACUUUCCUAUUGUUUUAAGCUGACAACAGAGUUACUGGCACAAUGCGGCUCAAGUCAGACGACAUUCGUUAGCUCAGAAAUUCCAAGAGUCCGAAAGUUACUCUUGUAUAGUUUAAACGCAUUAAGAACGUUUGGGGAGCCAGAGAGUAUGUGGGAACACCUGGAGGAACUUGAGGUGAUAUCUUGCAAUGGAAUAAGGAAGUUGCCUCUCUCUAUUCAAACCUCCAACAAAAUCAAAAAAAUAAGAGGAAGAUCAGAAUGGUGGAGCAGCCUGGAGUGGGAUGACGAAAAAUACAAGUCAAAUUUAGAGAAUUGUUUCACUAACAUAUUAUAA